AUGGCUAAAGCAAAACCCAAGCCUCUUGGAAAUCACCUUAGGAUAUGGCACCCAACUGUGAUGUCAGCAGAAGCGAGUGGAAUGCGUGACGUCACUUCCUGGUUGCCCCAGCAAAGAGCUGCAUUGCCUUUGGUGACCAAAUGGAAUGGGGAAGAUGACCUGAGCAGCACUGCUCUGAAUGUUGUCGAAGAAAAUGACCGGCAGAGCGGAACGACUGAUAGCCCUAUAGCAUAUACACAUAUUGAGUGUGGCCUCCGACCAGCUUACGAGUCCAUUCUGAGUAUUGACAAGAGCAUCACAGAGGGGAGGUAUGCCAAGGAUGGAGAGUUCCCAUGGCAUGUGAGCAUCCAGAGCAAUGGGAAGCAUAUCUGUGGAGGCACCGUGAUCAGCGCGCUGUGGGUUUUAACUGCGGCCCGUUGCUUUGCAGAAGAAGUACCACCAGAUCUCAUUGUUGUAAUGGGAGGAACUGACCUCGAGUUGCCUCUGGAAGAAUAUCAGCUGGACAGAUUGAUCCUCCAUGAAAACUUCAACAAAACGAGCUUGCAAAAUGAUAUUGCACUGAUCCUGCUCAGGUCUCCCAUCGAGUUCAGCAGUAAGAAAAUCCCCGUCUGCUUGCCCUUCAUGUAUGACACCGACAUGUGGCAACACUGCUGGGUUACUGGGUGGGGAACCACAAGUGCAGUCUCCGGGUCCCGCCAGCUGCAGAAAACACAGAUGAAGCUCAUCAGCAGGGAGCACUGCUCGGACCGGAUCCUGCUGCUGGGGGACAACAUGCUGUGUGCUGAGGUGCAGAGAGCAGAAGAACGUACUUGCCAGGUGGACAGUGGGGGACCUCUGGUUUGCAGCUACUGGAACACCAUGAAGUGGUUUCAGGUCGGCAUUGUCAGCUGGGCAGAAGAUUGUGCAGAAAAGCCAAACCUUGAUGUCUUGAUGUCUGUUUACCACUAUGUGGGCUGGAUUGAGAAUCAGACAGCCACAACAGGGAAACCUUUCUUCGUUGAAGGUGUGGAUAAACGUUCAAGUGUCGCAUUUGAAGCCAUCACCCAUUGUCCUAUUGCAAGACUGAUACUGGAUGAGCAGCCCACAAAGAACGGUGAGAGAUCAUACCCUGAGAUCUGGCAGCAUGCAGAGGAUUUUGGAGAGAAUUCUGUUUCUCUGAAGGACAUGGCAUGCAAUGUUCCUCUGGGAAACAAGUUCAAAUGUGAGACAUUGGAGGCACUUGCAAGUGGCAGCAUCCCCUGA